CUCUUCGGUUCCGGCAGGCCUCCGGGGCCUGGCUGCGAGUACGCGGCUGGAGCUUUAGGCUCGGUGGCGCGGGCCGGUGGGACGUUGGCGGGUUGCGCCGCGGGGCGGAGGAGGCGUCCGUCCGCCUCCUCCUAAGCCCGCCUCGGGGGACGAUGUCGUCCGGGGCCGGGUCUCGGCGGCCGCGGGAGCCGCCGGAGCACGAGCUGCAGCGGCGGCGGGAGCAGAAACGGCGGCGGCACGACGCGCAGCAGCUGCAGCAGCUCAAGCACCUGGAGUCCUUUUACGAGAAACCUCCUCCUGGGUUUAUCAAGGAGGAUGAGACGAAGCCAGAAGACUGCAUACCAGAUGUGCCGGGCAAUGAACACGCCAGGGAAUUUCUGGCGCACGCACCAACUAAAGGACUUUGGAUGCCACUGGGGAGAGAGGUCAAAGUUAUGCAAUGUUGGCGUUGCAAGCGGUAUGGCCAUCGAACAGGAGAUAAAGAAUGCCCUUUCUUUAUCAAAGGCAACCAGAAGUUAGAACAGUUCCGAGUUGCACAUGAAGAUCCCAUGUACGACAUCAUCCGAGAGAACAAAAGGCAUGAAAAGGAUGUAAGGAUCCAGCAGCUGAGACAGUUACUGGAGGACUCCACCUCCGAGGACGAUGGGAGCAGCUCCAGCUCUUCCUCGGGAGGCAAAGAGAAGCGCAAGAAGAAGAAGAAGAAAGAAAAGCACAAGAAAAGGAAGAAGGAGAAGAAAAAGAAGAAGAAACGAAAGCACAAGGCUUCCAAGUCCAGUGAGAGUUCAGACUCGGAGUGACAGCUGAUGGCAGUGAUUUCAGACCACCCACAGGCGGAAGAGCAGGGCUGCCCUGAGAGCAGCUGGCUAGACGGGA